UUUCACUUAUUUGUGGAAUUCAUCGUGAAAGGCACAUGAUUGAUCGUGUUAUGCGAUAAUUUGGUUAUGUCCAACACAUACUUGUUCCACCUGAGUACAAACCAUUUCAAGUGAUUUCGAGUAACACAGGAGAUUGUUAUGUUGUUAAAUGAAAUGGAACAAAAGUGGAAUGAGCAUUAUGACAGACAGUAGUGUUCACCCCCAUUACAUGAUCAACCAAGAAGAUUACAAUCAAUGGUAUUUCUAUCACUCGCACCUUAUAAUUGAAAAUUCAAAACAUAUUGCUCAAGUUGAAUAUCAACCAACGGCAGACAGACAUGAAGCAUUGGCUAGGAGACAUAUAAGGUCAUAUCAAAUUUCUCAAAGUUUUGUGAAUGAUAAUAAUCAAUCAGAAGUGGUGAAGCAAAUUACAGCGCAAUUUGCAUCGAUUUUUCUAGAGUCAAUGACUGCUGCCUCUUUGGGUACGCGUUUGACUUUUGAUUCAGAGUACACACCGCCGAAUGAAUAUGAGCAACCACCAUUAAUUUAAGUUCGUCGAUGAUCAGCUGCACCAAGAGAGAGAGCUCGUCGAGGUGGUGGGAGGGGUGGACAACAACGGAACGAAGUUCAUGUUGAACAUAACUUAGUUGAUGAAGAAAAUUCAAGUGAUCAUGGGGUACAAUAUGAAAAUAAUUUCAGUCUGUCGCUUGCUACAACUAAUGUUGAGCCAUA